GAACGGAGAAACUGGGAUUUUGCAUUCACUUCUUCACAUAAUAAAUUUCAACACAAAAACUUUAUCGUCGUCACUUCCAUACAAAAAACCCAGUGAUUUUUAAAUUUUAGUACAGUUAACUAACCUUUUUCGAACUAUCGAUAUUGCUACACACAAAACUACCACACAGGAGACGGGGGUGCGAGAGGAAGAGAAUUUUUGGAAAAGGGGGACGCGAUUUUGUGGAUGAUGAACACAAAUUCGCAACCGACUUCGUCAUCUUCGGAUACCAACCCGGGGUCCGCGUCAACCCCGACGACCACGACAUCCACCCCCAUCACUGUGUACACUCGGUGCGGCCCCUCCGCCCCAAGAAUUCGGUACAAACGCCCCCAUGCCCUUAUCUGCAACGGGAAAACGGAAACCUGGGGGAAAGCCAUGUCCGAGUAUAAUUGUCCUAUUUGUAUCGGUGUGCUGAAAGAAGCAGCCAUCACGCGGUGUGGGCACACCUUCUGUUUGGAAUGUAUAAAACGGUCCCUCGACGUGAAACCGAUCUGUCCCCAGUGCGGAACGGCGGAACAGGCAGAAAACAUUGUCCCCAACUAUGUCGCGGAUCAACUCGUAAUCAAGUACUUGUCUACACAAAAGAAUGCUAAGACUGAUAUAUUAGAAAUGGCCAAGUUAAAUGAUAGCAGCCCGUCGGAAAUACUGCAAAAUAUGAACGUCAACAAGUUGAAUUUGAACAAUAUUGAGAAUUUGAUAAUGAUCUUGCAACGGAAGAGGGAUGUUCUCUCGGCCGAGUCGCGAGUUCAUGAACGUACCUUGCUGCUGGAAUUUUUGGGGGAGUUGCUCAAAGUGAAGAAGGCGGAGAAGGACAGGUUGGAAAAGGAGGUGCAUUUGAUUGAGCAAGACUUAACACAGGUUACUUCGCGUCCUUACAAUGCCGUGAAAGGGGGAGGAGGGAAUGUUCUUCACAACGAUUCGGAAUCUGGGGAUGAAGGGAUUGCGAUGAGUUGUUCGAGUUCGGAUAUUGAAGGAUUUAAUACGCAAGUCUUGUCGUGUGAAGAAUUGAAAGAAAAAUCCAUGUCGGCCCGGAGGAAGAGGAUGCAUUCACAUUUUGAUGAGUUGAUUAAUAUUUACAUGGAUUCGAGAAAAGUGGAUCUUCACGAUGUCCGAAGUAACGACGCCACUGUUCCUAAUGACUCGGGAGAGUCGUUCGAUUACGAAGAUUUGGACCGGUUUGGGUCAACAUUGUCCAGUAUUUCACGCUACAGUGCGUUGAAGCCUUUAGCCACGUUGUCUUACAGUGCAGAUUUACUAACCAAUAAUAACAUCGUGUCCAGCAUUGAGUUUGAUAAAGACAGUGAAUUCUUCGCCAUUGCUGGGGUCACGAAAAAGAUUAAGUUGUUCGAGUACGCGACCGUGAUUGGGAGUGCGGUUGAUAUUCAUUGUCCGAAUGCAGAGUUGCUCUGCAACGCCAAGAUUAGCUGUGUCGCCUGGAGCGGAUAUUAUAAAAAUCGGUUAGGAAGUUCGGACUAUGAUGGUUGUGUUACUAUUUGGGAUGCUUCGACUACGCAGAAAAUUCAAACUUUGGCCGAGCACGAGAAGCGAGUCUGGAGCGUGGACUGGAGCAACGGUGACCCUCGCCUUUUCGCAUCUGGAUCCGACGACUCCAAAGUCAAACUCUGGACGACCAUUACGAAUCAAUCAGUUGCCACUAUUGAAGCAAAAGCUAACGUGUGCUGUGUUAAGUUUUGUCCACAAAACAGUUUCAUCGUCGCCUUUGGAUGUGCGGAUCAUUGCAUUCACUACUACGAUUUCCGCCAUGCUCGCCAACCCCUCGCAACCCUGACUGGACAUAAGAAGGCUGUCAGCUAUGUGAAGUUUGCAUCAAAGGAUGAGCUCGUUUCUGCCUCGACGGAUAGCAAUUUGAAGCUGUGGAACUUGCAGUCUGCCUCGACUGAGUGUGUACGGUCUUUCACUGGACAUAUCAAUGAGAAGAAUUUCGUGGGUCUGGGCACCGACGGAAAUUAUAUCGCGUGUGGAUCGGAAAACAAUUCUUUAUAUAUUUACUACCGCGACAUUUCCCGUCCCUUGUUGCAUUUUAAGUUUGAUAAUCAUCGAAACAUGCUGGAUAAGCCGAAGGUGGACGAUGCUGGAGAGUUUGUGUCGGCCGUGGUGUGGAAAAAGGGGUCUCCAGUCAUCGUCGCGGCGAAUAGCCAGGGUUCAAUCAAAAUUUUGGAGUUGACGUAAAAAUUCUGUUAUACGCCACGUCUAUAUGUUUGUCAAGUUAUUUAAAAAAUGAUCAUAGUCAAAAUUCUGUGUGUAAUUUUAGUUAAGCAGUAUAUACAUAUUCUUUUCGUCAAAUUUUGUCAGUUGACGCUGAAAUUGUUCAAAUAUUUAAGUAUGCCAAACUGUCAACUGUGUCCAAAUUCUUGUGUGAAAAAUAUUCCUGAGUCGAAUGUCUUAAAUUGAAAUGUUAAAUCUUGUUUAUAAAAAAUGAACAAAUGAUGUUAUAAUUUGUUUAAUUAAUUAAUUAAUUAACUAUUAUGAAAACUUAUCAUGUUGAUAACACCCUAUCAAUUAAUCAAUGAUUACAAUUGAUUUAUAAUGAUUUCCAUUCAA